GUGCACGUCAAUGGCUGAUUUGUUUGAAUUUGAAAUAUCAAAACCCAAACUGAGACUGUUUCUGCUCCUGACGCUUUCACGCUGCAAUUUCCAAUUCCAAUAUCAAGACUUCUUCUUUCGUCUCCAUUAACGCGUUCAGUCUCUCUAUCUUCCUCUAUAAGAAUCUCUUUCGAUUGGGUUUCUUUCUUUCUCAACACUUGUAAGGAACAUUGUCAAUCACUCUUUUUAAGUUCAGUAUCAUUCAAGUUGUACCCAUCAACUUACUAAUAAAAUUUCUACAUUGCUCAUUGGGAGAAUGUUUAGCUCGAAAAAGUCUCCCAUCAAGGUUGCUAAGCCUGGCUCAGCUAAACCUGGAUAUCAUGUUUCUUCUCAUACCAACCCUUUCGACUCUGAUGAUGAGUUGGAUAAUAAGCAGGCCAUUAAACCUUCAAGAAAGAAGUCUUCCGAGCCAACACUAGUGGCACCAAAUCUUAGCUCAAACCCCUUUGAUGAUGACAUGCAUAAAGUGAACUCGUCUUCAUCUUCUUAUUCACUUGCUUCGGCAGGAAAAAAUAGCUACAAAAAUGAUUUUAGUGACUCGGGAGGAUUAGAGAAUCAAUCAGUUCAAGAGUUGGAAAAUUAUGCUGUCUACAGGGCUGAGGAAACUACAAAAACAGUCAAUAACUUACUGAAGAUAGCGGGGGAUAUACGAGAGGAUGCGACCAAAACUUUGGUCACUUUGCAUCAUCAGGGUGAACAAAUUACCAGGACGCACAAUGUUGCCAUUGAGUUGGACCAUGAUCUUAGUCGGGGUGAGAAGCUUCUUGGAAGUCUUGGUGGUAUGUUCUCAAAGACUUGGAAACCAAAAAAGACUCGUCCAAUUACAGGCCCAAUAAUUACAAAAGAUGAUCAUCCACCCCGAAGAACAGCUAACGACUUGCAGGAGAGGGAGAGGUUGGGCCUGAAUUCUGCACCCAAGGCACGGUCAAAUGUAAGAACAUCGUCACCUGAAUCCACUGGCGCACUUCAGAAAGUUGAGGUGGAAAAGGCAAAGCAAGACGAUGCACUGGCAGAUUUAAGUAAUUGUCUGGAUGAGCUGAAGGAUAUGGCCAUUGACAUGCGGUCUGAAAUUGAGUGGCAGAACGGAGCUCUGGAGCCUGUCCAUGUUGAUGUAGAAGAGAUAAAUUCACGUAUGAAAGGUGCCAACCAACGCGGGCAACGAUUGCUUGGAAAGUAGAGAGUGCACAUUCUUGAAAUUCACCUUCAAGACCUGUCUAUGGUGGUUCUCUCUCAUGGAUGGAUCUGGAUACAUAGGUGCUGUUCCAUGGAUAUGUUCUUCUAGUUUUACUUCUCUUGUUCCGCCAUUAGAAGACGUUUGAAUUGUUUUCUUACAUUUCCGCACAUCCUAUUGCUUGAAUCCUAAGUUGUUGUCUCAUAGGAGGGGUAAAAAUUAUAUAUUGUAGAAAAAUCAACUCAGCAUAGAUGCUUCAAUGUGUAUAAACUUUUACAAGGAAUUCAUGAAUUUGCACUUAAGUUCUGAAGUGAUGGUUAAAUCUUUCUUCUA